AUGUCCAGCAACACGGGAAGAGGUCAUGGGGGUCUUAACCAACUAGGAGGAAUGUUUGUAAAUGGUCGUCCGCUCCCGGAGGUGAUCCGGCAGCGCAUCGUGGACAUGGCUCACCAGGGGGUCCGACCCUGCGACAUCUCCCGCCAGCUCCGGGUCAGUCACGGCUGCGUCAGCAAGAUCCUGGGCCGCUACUACGAAACAGGGAGCAUCAAACCUGGCGUUAUCGGCGGCUCCAAGCCCAAAGUGGCGACUCCAAAAGUCGUGGAUAAAAUCGCAGAGUACAAAAGACAGAACCCGACCAUGUUUGCCUGGGAGAUCCGGGACCGUCUGCUCGCCGAGGGCGUGUGCGACAGUGACAGCGUGCCCAGCGUCAGCUCCAUAAAUAGAAUCAUUCGCACCAAGGUCCAGCAGCCGUUCAACCUGCCCCUGGACGGGAAAGGCCUCAGUCCUGGUCAAACAUUAAUUCCCAGUUCAGCUGUGACUCCUCCAGAAUCUCCACAGUCAGACUCUCUGGGAUCCACGUACUCUAUCAACGGCCUCUUGGGCAUCCCCCAGACCGGAGCCGAGGGCAAGAGGAGCCACGACGACAGUGACCAGGAGAGCUGCCGACACAGUGUGGACUCUCAGGGCAGCGGCGGAGGUCCCAGGAAGCAGAUGAGACUGGACCAUUUCACCGCCGCAUCGCAGCAUCUGGAGUGUGGCUUCGACCGGCACCAUUACCCCAGCGACGCCUUCAGCUCGCCCUCCAGCAGCAAGACGGAGCAGGACUUACUUCCGUCGCAGACGCUGUAUCCGCUGUCACUCAUCAACAACAGUCUGGAGGAGGCCAAGAACAGCCUCAGCACCAACAUCAGCCGAAAUCUGACAGGGCAUCAGGGCUACACGGUGGUGACGGAGUGUGUCCAGUCCCUGCCGCUGUGCCUCAAACACGAGCUCUCUCCAGAGGUGCCCAGCUGCAGCCCCUCCCCCCACAUGACCCCCGCCUCCGUGGCCCCUAACCAUUUCCCCAACUCCAUCAGCUCCUUCUCCCAUCAUGCACCUGUGUACGGCCAGUUCAGCAGCCAGUCCAUCAUCUCAGGGCGGGACAUGGUGAGCUCCACUCUGCCGGGAUACCCCCCACACAUUCCUCCCCCCUCACAGUCCGGAUACUCCACAUCAGCCAUCACCAGUAUGGUAGCAGGGGCUGAUUACUCGGGACAGUCCUACAGCCACUCGCCGUACUCGUCCUACAGCGAGGCCUGGAGAUUCACCAACUCUGGCAUUUUGGGUUCGCCUUAUUACUACAGCACAGCGUCGCGCUCGGCUCCUCCGUCCACAGCUGCUUAUGACCAUCUCUAG